AAAAGAAAAAAAAAAAAAAGAGUAGUGUCAUAUACCUUGAAAUCAAAGCUUUUACCAAUGCCUCAGAUUCAUCGGCUUGCUGGCCAAGUUAGUUUGAAUUGAAAAAAAAAAAAAAAGAAUUGUUAUAAAACUAUAUUCCGUGGAGAAACAACAAAAGCGUAGUACUCCUACAAUGAAAUCAAGUUUAUCCCUUACCCUUUUCAACGCCCUUUUAAUCUCCGUCAGCUUAAUCCUUGUCUCAGCCGCUAAAAUCGGCCACGUCAUCACUUUCCGAUCACCUUCUCUCUACCCUGAAUCAUUCACUUGGAAUCCGAAUUCCCACAACUUCAUCUCUGGCGGUACACGUCAUCAGGAACUACUCUCCAUUUCCUCCCACACCGGCUUAACCGAAACCCUAAUCUCCGAUACCGAUUUGCCGUCAAAUUCCUCAUUUUUAGGUCUCGCUAUUGAUCGCCGUAACAAUCGCCUCCUUGCUUGCAUUCACCGUAUCCCUACCGCUGCUUUCCCUUCCCCUUUCAACGCACUCGCUGCCUAUGACCUCCACACCCACCGCCGCAUUUUCCUCACGCCGCUGCUAGACAACGAGGAUCAAAAUCCGAUCGCCACCGUGACGGAAACAAUUCGCCCAGCCGCGGCGAAUGAUGUCGCCGUUGAUUUCUCCGGAAACGCUUAUAUCACCAAUUCCGAUGGGGAUUUUAUAUGGAAAGUGAAUGUCGAAGGAAAAGCUUCGAUUUUCUCGAGAUCGGAGGUCUACAAAUCUCAUCCGGUGGACAUGACUGUAGACUAUCAUAAAUGUGGAUUAAACGGUGUCGUUUAUAUCUCUGAAGGAUAUUUACUUGUGGUCCAAUCAAAUACAGGGAAAAUGUACAAAGUCAAUGUUAACGACGGGACGGCGAAGACGGUUAAUUUAAACAAGGAUUUAACUGCAGCUGACGGAAUGGCCGUUAGAAGUGACGGAGUUGUUCUAGUUGUGAGUCAACACAAGCUUUAUUAUUUAAAGAGUGAGAAUAAUUGGGAUGAAGGAGUGGUGUUUGACGAAAUUGCCCUUGAUGCGGAAGGGUUUGCGACGGCUGUUACAGUGGGGAAUAAGAAUAAGGUGUAUGUGUUAUAUGGGCAUGUGAUGGAGGGUGUAAUGGGAAAUGGAGAUAGAGAAGAGUUUAGGAUAGUGGAAAUGGAGGAAGAGGAUAAUAAAGAAGAUAAUGUUUGGUUGUUUGUAUUAGUUGGAUUUGGGUUAGCUUAUUUCUUGUUUUGGAGAUUUCAAAUGCGUCGACUUGUCCAAAAUAUGGAUAAGAGAAUAGCUUAGUUUUUGUGGGGAAAAAAGAAUAGCUUUAAUUUACCAUUUUUUUUUUUUUUUUUUUGUUUUUGCUCUUGCCUCAUGUAUUUGUUUGGUAAUUUAUUUUGAUAAAUGACAAGUAUUUCUUUUUUUUAUGUCGUA